AUGAAUGGAAGUGGUCUUUGUCGUACGAUUUGGACGACAGCAGUGAUAAAUGCAGUACAGGUGCGAAUAAGGAAAAAUCCGGUCCGAAAUCGAAAACAGUUAGCACUGCAGAUGGGCCUUAGCAGUACCACAGUUAAAAAGGUGUUGAACGAGGACCUAGGACUACGGGCUUAUUGUAGAAAAACAUCGCAUCUUCUUAACACACGCUUAAAGAAAUUAAGACUGGAUAAAUGUCGCGCUUUACUUAAACGAUACGCGAGAAAAAUGCAUCGUGAUAUCCUGUUUUCAGAUGAAAAAUUUUUUACCGUGGAGGAGUGCUGCAACAAACAGAAUAUCAAAGUGUAUACCCACAGUAGUGAAGAAGCUUGUCAACGUGUAUCUCGAGUCCAACGCGGCCAUCACCCCUUAUCAGUAAUGGUUUUCCUGGAAGUGUCUUAUUUUAGCCUAACAGAGGUGUUUUUCUGUGAAAAGGCUGUGAAAACAAGUGUCAAUGUUUAUCAAAAUAUGCUCCUGACAAACCUCGCCAAACCUCCUUCUCGGAACAUGUUAAAAAAUCAGCACUGGGUAUUCCAGCAGGACUCAGCACCUGCCCACAAAGCCAAGAGUAUCCAAAGUUGGCUGGCCGCCCAUCAGAUUGACAUCAUUCGUCAUGAAGAUUGGUCAUCUUCUAACCCGGACCUGAAUCCUGGGUUAUAA